GAUUCCUGGUAAUCAUUUAUGCUUGAGACCAAGUCGACUCCAUGGCCACAGUGCGGCUGGAUGUAUUAGAUCGACUGGAAAAAAGAUCCACCUCAUCGGGAUUCAAACCCCCGACCUUCCUUCUUGGUGCACAGUGCCUCAACGGCCUCAACCAACUAUGCUACCGCGUGAUCCAGAAAAAAAAUCAAUAAGACACACAAAUCAUUCUUCUCCUCCUCUUAUUUUUCUUGAAACAACACAUGUAACGAUAAAAUUCCCUCAAUUAGUAAUCCUAAUCUAGCACCACUAAUCCCACUGAAUAUAACCUAAUAACCUAUGAAGUCGAAACUUUAGUGGCUUUCAGCAGUUGCCAUCAUUGAUGAAAUUAGUGAAGUCAACACGAUUUAAAAAUGAUUCUAACCUUCUACGCCGCUAUCUAGCAAUAACGUACAAGUAUUAAAUAAGGCUGAAAAAGCACAGUCUCAACAAGAUGUAAGAUUGAUGGAGGAAAUGGAUCAUAUUUACCAAGAAGAGCUGAAGGAGAAGAAGUUAAGACAAAAGCUCCGUGAAUCAAGCGUAGAGUUGAAGGAACUAGAAGCACAACUUCGAACAGCCUACAUAUCAAAGGAGCUUGCAGCUCAGUUGGCUGAAAAGGAAGCAGCCAGAAUGGAGGAGAAAUUGCAAGAGAAAGAAACUGCUGAUUUUCUGAGGGAGGUUUGGGAGAGACAGAUAGCUGCAGAGGCAGAGAAAGAGGCUGAGCAGCAUCGUCACAAACUGCGGUAUGGAGAAGAACUUCAGGAGCAAAUUACCUUUGCAGAGAGAUUGAAACAGGUGGCCUAUGAGGACUUCAUGCAAGAAAAGAAACUCCUUGAUGAUGUGGUACAGAGAAUACAUGAUGAAGAUGAAAGAGAGUUGGAAUUGAAGAUUCUGAAGGCACAGAAGACAAAGGAGGAAAUGGAAGCAUUUCACAAGGAAAGAGAUGCUUGGAAACUGAAGGAGAGGGAAGAACUGGAAGAGGAGAACAGGCGAAUCGAACAAUAUCUGGCGCACCGGAAUGUGCAGGAACAGAAACGCGUGGUGGAGUUGAAACAGAAAGAAGAGCAGAAGGCAGUUUUUACAGAGAAGCUCGCUCGUCAAAUAUAUGAAAUUGAGACCAAAAGAAGAGAGGAGGAGGAACUACUGCAGCAGUUGGCUGAAGAAGAGCGAAAGGAAGAAAUGGAAGCACAACAACAGCUGGAAUUAGAGAGGAAAUUGCGAAUGCACAUUCAGGCACGGCAGGCGUAUCGUUACCAAAUGACUGCCAGAAUGAAGCAAUUACAGCAGGAAGCUGAAGAGGAAGCUGAAUAUAAGCAACAAUUGAUGAAGGAAUUUGCUGAAAGUGAGCGUUUGGAGCAGCUGACAGCAGAGAAACGUCGCCUUAAAAUUCUGGAGUACCGUCGAACAGUGAAUGAUAUGUUAGAGGAACGCCGACGACACCGAGAAGAGGAACUGCAACAGUUGCAGCACAUGCAUGAGCUUGAAAUGGAAGAAGAGAAGGCCAGGAAACGUGUGAUCGAGGAAGAACGCUUACGCAUGCUGAAAGAACAUGCAAGCAAGGUUAUUGACUACUUACCUCCUGGUGUCCUUCGUAAAGAUGAUCUCCCUCAUCUGGGCUCGGAAUUUAUUAAAAGAUACAGUCAUAUAGAUGAAAGACAAUUUAAACAUUGAAUGAAAGUUACAAUUUAUUAUUUUUGUUUAAUGGUGUUCUGUGCAUGAAUUGAUAAUGUUCCAUCCAUACACUUUAAAUUUCUGAAGCCCAAUGGCACUUUUUUAUUGCUGCUACCGUUGUAUUGAGAAUAUAUGUUUUAAAUAUUUUACAGUCUUAUAAUGGAAAAAUGUUCAGUUUAUAAAAUACAGCAUGGUCUAGUAUGUCAUUUAUCGCAAAAUACAUCAAACAAUAGUUGUUGAUUA